AUGGCUUCCUUCUCUUCCGCCUGUCGUUCUCUGGUCCGGAAGCUCUCCAGGGCACCAUGCUCAGCCCAAGUUCAGAGAUCUCUCCUCAGCACGGGGAUCUCCAAGGAGGCCGUCGGAUACCACGUCGGCGGGGGGCCCUCCUACAUGCGAGGCACGGUGUUCUGGGAGCCGGGAAAGCCCAUCACCAUUGAAGAGUUCCACAUGCCCCUCCCCAAGGCCGGGGAGGUCCUGAUCAGGACCAAGGGUUCGAACUGCUCAUUCUCACACCCCUUCAUUCCCCCUCGAGGGACAUUCUCAAAAUGGAUUUGCGGGUGUGAAGUCUCAUCAUCAUGUAACCCACACCAACGCAUGGAUUACUAUAAUAAAAUUUGUAGCAUAUUGAUGUCUUAAAAAGAGUCAACGCGUUCUAUUAGUACUACACCAUUCCCUUCGGACGUCGCAGAUUUUUUUUUCUGUAUUUAAUGUCACGCGGAUCACGGUAUUAUUCUAUAAUCUGUGUCUACUUAUUUUUCUCAAAAUAUUGUAUAAGGCAUCGAUAUGUUAAUCCGACAGUGGGGGCAUCUCUGUACAAAAAGAUAUAUCCACCACAUGAAUCCCAGGUUUUAAUGCUUGCCCGAAUUUCGGUAGUCUCUCUUCUAAGAAUAUAUGUUAGAGUUCUGGAAAGCUUGGAUAGAACACGAAGACUUCAGCUGGUACUGUCUCCUUUGGAGAAUGGAGCCUCGCAAGCAGUCCAAUUCGAAGAAAGUGAAUGGUUGAGUCAACAAAUCAGUGAGUGCCUUCGUCUUUGAAAGCAAGGAUAACGUAUGUGUUCGUGUCUUCUUCUUUCACCUGUUUUAAAGGAAAUGUGAAAUAAAAGUAUUUUGGUGUAUUAGCUUAUGCGCUGUCGUCAUGAUUGUUGAGUUAAGAAGUUUUAUUAUUCUUUCUCUUUGCAUAGUUGAUAAUGUUUGUACUUAUAUUUACUUCAUUAUAAUUCUGCGAUUUUCAUUGAUUAUAUUUUUUUUGUCACCACUUAAACAACGUUAGUCCUACAGACAUGCGAUUCCUGAACACAAUUGCAUUGUCCGAUGGAAGUAUCUAUUUACGUUCAGAUCUACAUGCGCAGCCUGUGGAGUCUGUCAUUCUGAUCUCCAUGUUAUAAAAGGAGAACUUCCAUUUGCGAGUCCCUGUGUUGUGGGUCAUGAAAUAACUGGAGAGGUAGUCGAGCAUGGCCCAAAUACAGAUCGAGGGAUUACAAGGAGGUAAAUAUAGAUACCAAAGUAAAAUUUGUCCUUCAAUUUUCCUAUUUACCUUUUACUUUGAAUUCAUGUUCAGGCUCUUGGUUAACAUGUCAUCCUUUUUUUUUGGCUUCAUAGAUUUCCAAUCGGAACUCGUGUUGUAGGGGCAUUUAUAAUGCCAUGCGGCAGUUGCCACUUUUGUGUGAAGGUUAAAUUCUUACUUCAGUGAACGUUUCUUUUAGUUUUUAACAUCAUUCUCAUGUAAUAAUUCUAAAUGUGUGAUGGUUUAGGGCCAAGAAGACCUUUGUGCGGAUUUUUUUGCCUACAAUCGAGCACAAGGAACACUCUAUGAUGGCAAGACACGUUUGUUUUUGCGUGGAAAUGGUAACGCAUUCUACAUUCCAUUUAUUUUAUGUUUUUUCAGCCAUAAUUAAAUUUAUUUCAACUAUUUUUCUUUGAAGAUUUUAAGUUGUAAGAUGACUAAACCUCAUUGUUUAGAUAACUAUGGAAAACCCAUUGUUUCUGAAUCUAAGGUAAAUAAAUCAGGCUAGUUUGUGUACUUAAUCAACUGUCGUUAUUUAUGUUCUAGGAAGGCACUGCAUUAGAGUUUACAAAGAACCUUCGAAAGGAAUUCUAUGGCACAGGUCGUUAGAAGUUUCCAACACAUUGCAUAGGGAUAAAAUUGGCUCAUCUACUAUUCCCUUCACGUUGAAAGAUUUACUCCUCUAAAAUUAAGUCUGCUCUGUGGAUAGCAAUGCACGGUUCUUCAACUGAUCUUCAAAUCUCCCCAUUUCUCUCUCCCUCUAUGGAGCUGAUAGCAAUCCUUGUACGACUUUCAAAUGCGUACCUCGUUCUACCUCAUCAAACUAAGGAUUCCAUUAAAACUGCACAAUUUCACCUACACACAAUCUUUACCAGAUCUCUCCAUAUGAUUUCAGUGAUGCCAUAUUCAAUAAGAAUGAGAUGAAUAAUUCCUUUCUAGAGCCCUGGAAUUAACAUUCUUCACUGAUAACCUGAUUGAAUUUCUUGAUGUUAUUGAAAGUGGAAAGUCUCUCGAAAGCCACUUUCUUUGGCAGGAUGGAAUCUUUGUGGUAUCAAUGUUUUCUCUUUAAUGUUCAUCGAGAUGUAUGAAGUACAGAAUCUGUUGAUUUUCUCUCUGUUUGAAUGCUUAUCAUUCUCUCUGUUGAAAAUAAAUUGCAUAUAGCGCAACUUAUUAUCCAUGACCGCAUUGCACUUUCUUUUUUCUAUUAUUUGGCUAAAGAAAUUUCAACUCUGCAGUGAAAGGUGGACGUGAAUAGAUUGGAAUUUACCUUUAUGUCUAUCGAGAUAUCCCAUAGAGUCCAUUGGUGAUAUUUCUCCAUGAUUGAACCCAUCACGUUUAAGUAUUUUUAUGUCCAACUUCCCAGAGGUUAUCCUUCAAGCAUCUUUGGCAUGGAUUCACUAAAAAAAUUAUUUCUACCGCUCUCCACUCAGUACAAGAAGAUCUCGGACUACUAUUCAAUAUUUUGUCUCAAGUCGCCUUCCCUCUAACUUCCACCUUAUCUACCGAAUUCCUGCCCUCCCUUACUGUCAUACAAACGGGACCUCUGAGAAGGCGAAAGUCAUGCUUCCUUUAGAAGAGGGGGGAGAAUCCUGAAUGUACAUCGUUUUUCACACAUGAAUUGUAUUUGCAUUUCUUUAAUCUCUUUCGCAGGUCCUUAUUCAACUUGAACUUUCAUGACUAAUCUGCAACAUUUUUUUUUCUUUUCCCUGAUUAAAUUUACUAUUCUUUGUUUUUCUUUUGUCUAUUUUCAUCUGGAUCAAACCAUCAAUGGCUGUUUGACCGCGAGAAUAAAAUAUUGAAGGUAUUCUAGCCACUCGGAACAUGUCCAUCACGAACCUGCUGGUGACAAGUGGGUGGGGGGAAUUUUGUGAUCGUGAAGAAAUUAUACAAGUCUCCACUUUUAUUCGCUUAUUACUAGGGAAUACGAGUGGGGACCGAAUGCAUGAAAUAUGAGUGGAGUUUCCGUAGGUACUUCUCUCUAUAAAUGUUCGGUAACCUGACUGUUACUUUGACUUAUUGUUCUUGGUAGGAUUUUCCCCCCAUUCUCACAGUUAGUUUCGAACCAAUGUGUGAAUUAUCGUCUCGAACCAAUGUGUGAAUUAUUGUCAUUCCCUUUGUCAGUCUGUCAAUAUCCAUUAACAUAACUUUGCUGACAAACUGCUGCUCCGAAAUAUUUGUUCAUUUUUAUUUAUUUAUUUGUCCUUCUUAAUAAUUAUUCGAAGAUGCCUUUCCUAGUUUAUCUACGUGCAAAAUAAAAUUUUAUUAACAAAACUAUUUUUUGCCUUUUAGGAAAACCGGUGUUCAUGUACAGUAUGGGGGGCCUUGCAGAAUACUGUGUUGUCCCAGCUAAUGCAUUAGCUGUUCUUCCCGACUCAUUACCAUACACCGAGUCAGCCAUAUUAGGUUGUGCUGUGUUUACUGCCUAUGGGGCCAUGAGACACGCAGCUGAACUGCGUGCAGGAGAUGCUGUGGCGGUCAUUGGAAUAGGUGGCGUUGGAUCAAGGUACCCAACAAAUUUACUGUGCUCCUUGAUGACGUUAAGUGUAUUUUAUAGGACGUUUAUAUCAGGAAAAAAAAAAUAAUUGUGGAGGAAGUGGUGCUUAAUUUACCCAGAAGUGUCUUUCAGGAACUGUACAUGGAUCAUCAUUCAUUUUCAUGCGCUUGUCUUUCCUGACCAUGGUAGUAGAUUUCUCACUUAUCACUCUUUCAUAAGAUCAGUAAAUUAUGAAAUAGUAGCCAUAGAAAUAGAGAGAGAAUGGGAGGGUUUUGUGAUCAUUAAUUUGGAAGAAAUGAUUGUCUUCAAUCAUGGUAAGGCUGGUAUAUUUCUUUAUCGAUUUACCGACAUGUUCAACUCUGUUGACCAAAUACUUUCUAUAGUUGCCUGCAGAUAGCGCGUGCUUUUGGUGCUUCGGAGAUCAUUGCCAUUGAUGUUCAAGAUGAAAAGCUGAAUAAUGCAAAGAAACUUGGUGCAACGCAUACUAUAAAUGCGGCGAAAGAAGACGUUAUUGACAAAAUCAAGGCAAUCAUCUGUUCACUUAUAUAUGCCAAAGUCUCCAUACAGUUUCAAUUUUAGUACUAUCAAGAAUCAUUAUUCUCCACUCUUUUUUUAGAUUAUCUAUGGUUAUUAUGGAAUAUUAUGAACUUCUGGGAUGUGUUUCAUUUUAGAUUUUCUUUUUCAUAUCAUGCAAUAAUGUACAUAGGUUCUUGCUUUUGAUGUCGCGAAAAUUGAUUGUUGACAUGAGUAUGAAGCACACAGUUGACCUGUUGAGAAAAGUUCAUCAAACAAUCAGGCUCGACGUCAUCAAAAUUAAUUGCUAUGUUACUUUUAUUUUCCCCUUUUGAGAUCUCAAUCUAGAUUUGGCAAACUCAUUGCUGGCUUUUACAUUUCCUUCAAUUCAUAGCAAAAACCGAUUGUUGAAAUGAGUAUGAAGCACACCGUUGACCGGUUGAGAAAAGUUCAUCAAACAAUCAGGCUCGACAUCAUCAAAAUAAAUUUCUAUUUUACUUUUUUUUUUCCCAUUUUGAGAUCUCAAUCUAUAUUUGGCAACUCAGUGCUGGCUUUUACAUUGCCUUCAAUUCAUAGCCACUCUGAUCAUCAUCUCUGCAUUUGCCUUAAAGGUCCUCAUGUAAGGUGGGCUUUUGGAAUGCUGACCGUCUGUUCCCUCUUGCGACAGGAAAUAACUGGAGGAAUGGGCGUUGAUGUAGCUGUAGAAGCUCUGGGAAGGCCAGCGACUUUCAUGCAAUGCGCCAACAGUGUGCGAGAUGGAGGGAAAGCAGUAAUGAUCGGUCUUGCUGCAGCGGGCUCAAUGGGGCAAGUUGACAUAAAUCGUCUUGUCCGCAGACAGGUCAGCUUAAAAUUGAUUCACAAUGAUGAAUCUCUCUCUUCUUCUUUUUUUAGCGUGAGCUAAUAGCUUCCUAGUUCUUUUAUAAUAUGCAUUGCUUUCUUCUUGGUGAUGACUAAAUAAAAAAUGAACAUAUAAACCUUAUCAUCGAGAGAUUUUGACUGUCCAGACUUUUAUCCACGAAAGCUUUUAAAUGGAAAUGUGUGUUGUUUCGUCUGAUCCUUUAUUUCAUUCCAUCAUAGGAAAAAAAUGUCGUAGUUGCUGUCAUUCUUUUCAGAAUGUUUCUCUUUUUACCAGUAACUAUUAUCUAGCUAUUUUUUGGCACUUUGUGAAAAUAAAUGAAUAAAUAAAUAUAUUUUGUGUAUUUCAGUGAAACAAAUAGAUAAACACCAGCAACUAUUAUCUAGCUAUUUUUUGGCACCUCUCCCCUUACUUUUGUGAAAAUAAAUGAAUAAAUGAAUAAAUAAAUAAAUAAAUACAUUUUAGUGUAUCUCAGUGAAAUAAAUAAAUAAAUAAAUACCGGCUACUAUUAUCUAGCUAAUUUUUUGGCACCUCUCCCUUACUUUUGGGAAAAUAAAUACAUUUUAGUGUAUUUCAAUGAAAUAAUUAAAUAAUUACGGGAGACUAUUAUCAGCCAAUUUUUUGGCACCUCUCCUCUUACUGUUUGAUGAAGGAUUUGCUCACUUCAGUUUGUCCUGAGCCGCAGACUUAGACCAAAGCUGACCCCGGCCGGAUUUCUAGCCUAUCAUUCUUCAAUUGCAAUUAAUCAAUAAAAACCCUAAAAAAAAUAAAUCUGUACCUCAUUAAAUUGUUCGUCUGAAUCGUAUAUAGUCUGUAAAUAGAAGUUCUAACCUAGAGCUGACACUUCUGAUCAGAUCAAGAUCAUCGGAUCCUAUGGAGCAAGAGCGCGGCAGGACCUUCCCCAGGUGAUCAAACUUGCCGAAAAUGGCACCUUCGAUCUCGAGAACGCUGUCUCCAGGAAAUGUACGCUUGAGGAAGCCGCGACCGCCUAUGAGGACCUAAACAGGGGGCAGAUCGUCGGCCGGGCGGUCGUCGAGAUUAUGUAA